AUGGCAAGAGUAUCAGAUCUUGUGCUUCUUCUCGUGGCAGGACUGGCCAUACCUUUGCUUAUGCAUCAGUUGGGGGCAGUUAAGUUUGAUUUAAAGAACCAGUGCGGGUACACAGUUUGGCCAGCAGGACUACCCGGACUAGGAGGGCAGCAGCUGGACCAGAAUGUGACGUGGACGGUAGAUGUGCCGGCUGGGACACAGGCGGGAAGAUUCUGGGCCCGAACGGGCUGCUCUUUCGAUGCGAGCGGCGGAGGAACCUGUAAAACCGGUGACUGCGGUGGCCAACUGAACUGCACAGUAUCCGGAGCUGUUCUCGCCACGCUGGCCGAAUAUACCCAGAGCGACCAGGACUACUACGAUGUCUCCCUGGUGGACGGCUUCAAUGUUCCUCUUUCCAUCAACCCUACCAAGUCAAACUGCACAGCUCCUGUGCAUGCAAAGCCGACGUGA